AGUGGUCUUAUCUUUUAUAAUUUUCCUAGUAAAUGAUCUUAAUUCAACCAUGGACUAGUCUUAAUUGUCACACUAUAUAUUGCUCAGCAUAAGUGGGCUGCCUGCUGUUGUGAGAAUUAGAUUUUGGAACUUGUUUGAGAGUGAUUGUGGAUGCUGGUGUCAUUAUCCUUGUAAAAACAUGCUUAAUAAUUGUUUUGACUUAUUAUUAAAGUGUUUGGUGAAAAUUUCUCGAUUAUGUGGCAAAUUUACUAAAAUUUUUUGAAAAAACUGAUAUGUGUGAAACCGUCUCUGACUUCUUGCCGGAAAAAGGCUAAGAGAGCAAUGGCUGGAAGGAGGCUUGCACGUGUCAUGUUAUUUCAUGAAAUGGAUGGUUUUGUCGAUCUGAAAUUUUGGGUAGUAGGACGUCUUCUUGCAUCUGAGCAUUUUGGUUGUUGCGUAUGAUCAUGUUUCAUGGUGUUGUGGAGUUAGUACAGAGCAUAGGAUGUUUUUGGAUUUGGUGCAUUGGUGCAGUAACCAUGACGUGAAACGAACUCAUUUUUUCACCCAACUUUAUGGAUGAUGGAAAUUGAAUUACUUCUCAGUUUGUCCUUUUUAGCUGUUGUGUUUGUUGCAGUGCCGCUUGUGAGACUCAUAGUACUAAUUUUCAUUUGUGAUUGGCACAUGCAAUCUUUCCUUUUCUUUCACUGAAUCAAAGUCUGCUAUAUGGUUUUCAACUGCCUUUAUUAUAUAUUUCAAGCUCAAAUUGCCCUUUACGGUACAUUUUCCUUGAGAAAUAUGUCAAGCUUCUUGCCUUUAUUGUGCCCUUAUUGUGCUAAAUGGAGCUGUGGGUCUUUGUUUCUUGAUCUACCUCUUCUAUGCCAGUGAAUGCCCUUUUGCUUUAGUUAUUCUACUUUUUUCUUGUGCAUAGUAGUUUACAUUGUUUCAACUCCUUUUGCAGUUAAAUAUGGUACAAAAACGACCACUUAGUGAGGAGUUAUAUGAGGCCUUGUCUAAGCAACCGAAGCUUCUGGAGCCAAGUGACAAGAGGGUGUCAGUUUUAGAGUUCCCUGAUGGAAAUAUCCCUCCAAAGCUUCAUAUUUUAGGUGAAGAUGGGGCUGCUUGCGAUAAAAAGAAAGGUGAAAGGGAUGAAAGUCUUGUAGACAGCAAUCUUGCUGAAUUCCAAAGUUAUGUUGAGAAAGAAAUAGAUAGAAGUCUGGCUUGCUCCAUUUCCAACUCUUCCUGGGCUACAAGCACUACCUGUGAAGAAGAUGUCAGGUCGGAGGCACCUUGCAUAUUGCUGUCUCCAGACCAUUAUAAUCUUGACUUUCCAGCAAGGACCAUUUUUCAUACCGGAGAUAUUUAUUCUUCUCUUUUGGAAUAUCCUCCUCGGAAAUUGGUCCCCAUUGGCAGUGGUUUUCAAGCAGAAAUACCUGAAUGGUGUGGGUGUGAUGAUGAAAAGUUGUCCAGUUCAUCAGGAGAUGCUUUUGAAGUCUUCAACCGUUCAUCCCAAUCUCUCAUGUCAGAUAUUGGUAAUCAUUUAGACCAUGAGAGGCAAUUUUCUGGUUCUUGUCUAGUUCCCAUGCCUAGAUCAGACAUGUCUGAAGACACUGUGGAGAAACUUGGAGAUGGAAGAAUUGAUUGUUCCUGUGAUGAUGUGGGAUCCGUUAGAUGUGUUCGGCAACACAUCACUGAAGCACGAGAAAAACUCAGGAAAACCCUUGGCCAGGAGGCUUUUGUCAAGUUGGGUUUUUUGGAAGUGGGAGAGGUAGUGGCUGAAAAAUGGAGCGAGGAGGAAGAGGAAAUAUUUACUGAGGUUGUAUUUUCCCAUCCUGCAUCACUGGGGAGGAACUUUUGGAACCAUUUAGCUAUUGAAUUUCCUUCUAGGACCAAGAAGGAAAUAGUUAGCUAUUAUUUUAAUGUCUUUAUGUUACGAAGACGUGCUGAACAGAACAGAAUUGAUGUGUUGAGUAUUGACAGCGACAAUGAUGAAUGGGAAGGAACUAAUGUUUCUGCUGAUGAAGUAAUAGAAAAAAUAAAUGGGUAUGAUGACUCUCUGGUUGAAUCACCUGCCGAGGAAGAUGAUCAUAAUGAGAUCUUUGAAGACAAUCUCUGUGAAUACAAGGAUGACAUCAAUGCUGAGGAAGCUUCAGAAGAUAAUAUAAGGCUGAACCUGGAUGGCAGUAAGUGUGUCAGUAAAGAGUCAGACAUGUGUCCGAUUGACAUGCCUGAUAACUGCAGUUCAGAUCAAGCGCAUCAGCCACUUGACCAAGUCCUUUCUGACAUAAGUGGAAAUCAAAAUACAAAACAUAUAACUAGCGACCUUAGUAGUAUGAGCAGCAGUACUGGUAAUGAACUUUUUUUAGAGCCAUGUAGUUCCAAAGAAUGGGAUGUUGGUUGUUUGACCUGCCCCAAGGAUGAAGAUUUUCUUCCGACGUCCAGUGUGAUUGAAGAAGUCUUCGGUGCUGGAGCUUGGAAUUCACGAGACUAGAGAUGGCUAGGACAGCUUGGAGUUGACAUCCCAGUGUGCAGAGGUGAUCAAUACCUAAAGAACAGCUGCUGGAAGUGUAUAUACUGCUCCACAGAUAGAUUUAGUAGAUAUCUUGUUUCAGAAAGCUAUGCGCAUAGACAAAAGCACAAAAUCUGAUAGAGACUUUAGAGGAAAGGCCACAUGGCCAUGUGCCUUUCAAGGUUGUAAUUUUGACAUUGUCUAAUAAAUAAUUCAUUACCAGGCAGUUAUGCCACUUGAAAUUU